AUCAAGAGGAGAUUAAAACGAGACAGUGGAAGGUUGGACACAUAAUGCCUGAAGUAUGGAUGUGAAAGAACGUAGGCCUUACUGCUCCCUGACAAAAAACAGGCGUGAUAAAGAGCGACGCUACACAAGCUCGUCAGUAGACAACGACGAGUGUCGCGUGCCCACUCAGAAAUCCUAUAGCUCCAGCGAAACUCUUAAAGCCUAUGACCACGAUACAAGACUCUUGUAUGGAAACAGGGUCAAAGAUUUGGUGCACAGGGAGGCUGAUGAGUACACAAGGCCAGGGGCAAAUUUCUCCCUGAGGGAAUUGGGAAUCUGUGAGCCUGCCACUCGACGAGGGCUGGCGUUCUGUUCGGAGAUGGGGCUCCCCCACCGAGGAUACUCCGUGAACGCAGGAUCUGACGCCGACACAGAAAACGAAGGAGUGAUGUCCCCGGAGCACGCCAUGAGGCUCUGGGGCAGGGGAGUCAAAUCUGGACGCAGCUCCUGCCUUUCCAGUCGUUCCAACUCCGCCCUCACACUAACCGAUACGGAGCACGAAAACAACAAAUCAGACAGUGAGACUGGUCCUCCCAUGCCAUCCUCCUCCUCCUCGUCCAGUCCAUCAGCCAUUGAGCAGUCUGGUUCCCCAAUUUCAUCGCCCAAUGCCAAUGGCAACCAAAGACGGCUGCUUGGCAACAGCAGCACGCAGCCGGUUCAUGACUCUGACACAGAUGAUGAGGAAUACAAUGCAAAUUCAUAUCUAGCUCAGGCCAGUUCAGGCACAGUCUGUGUGGCCAGUAAUGAGCAACCACCCAGCCAGCAGAGCCAGUCAACAUUACAGCCGCUCCCCCCUGUGCACAAGCAGCACCUGACCCAGCAGCAUCCGUCCGUCACUUCGCUCAACAGGAACUCGCUGAGCCAGAGGAGGAACCAGAGCCCGGCCCCAGCGGCCGUCCUGCCCAACGAGCUGCCCACCACGCCAGAAUCUGUUCAGCUGCAGGACAGCUGGGUUCUUGGCAGCAAUGUGCCACUGGAGACCAGGCAUUUUCUCUUCAAAACCGGAACAGGCACGACGCCGUUAUUCAGCACAGCCUCGCCUGGUUACACCAUGGCCUCGAGUGCCGUCUAUUCACCGCCUCCACGCCCACUGCCUAGGAACACUCUUUCCAGAAGUGCUUUUAAGUUCAAGAAAUCAUCCAAGUACUGCAGUUGGAAGUGCACAGCCCUUUGUGCAAUCGGUGUGUCAGUCAUACUGGCAGUACUGCUGUCUUAUUUCAUAGCAAUGCAUCUACUCGGCCUGAACUGGCAGUUGCAGCAGGUCGAAAAUUACAUGUUUGAAAAUGGGAAAGUGAAGACGGAGAGCUCACCAACCAAUGCGGUGAUAUCAACUUCAGGUGAUAGUGGAAAGCUUGGCAUCACUUAUCAAGAAAACAACACCAUAGAUUCAGGUGAGGUUGACUUGGGUCGGUGGACAAUACAAGAGGUGCCUCCUGGGGUUUUCUGGAGAUCUCAACUUUUUAUUGAUCAACCCCAGUUCCUGAAGUUCAACAUAUCCCUUCCGAAGGAUGCAUUGAUUGGAGUAUAUGGCAGGAAAGGGCUCCCUCCUUCACACACUCAGUAUGAUUUUGUGGAGCUACUCGAUGGCAGCAGGUUGAUCGCCAGAGAAAAGCGCAGUCUGGCUGAUUCUGAGCACGGAAGACGGCACAUCAGGGCGGUGAGCCUCCAAGAGGCCGGCUUCGUCCAGUAUCUUGACUCAGGAGUCUGGCACCUGGCUUUUUACAAUGAUGGGAAAACUGCCGAGCAUGUGUCCUUUAACACCAUCGUCAUAGAGUCUGUCGUGGAGUGUCCACGAAAUUGUCAUGGAAAUGGAGAAUGUGUUUCUGGAGCUUGUCACUGUUUUCCUGGAUUUUUUGGACCUGAUUGUGCCAGAGCAACAUGUCCAAUAUUAUGUAGUGGCAAUGGCCAAUAUUCCAAGGGGCGUUGCCUUUGUUACAGUGGCUGGAAGGGAACGGAGUGUGAUGUGCCCUCAACCCAGUGCAUCGACCCUCUGUGUGGAGCACAUGGCGUCUGCAUCAUGGGAUCCUGUGUUUGCAACUCGGGUUACAAAGGAGAAAUGUGUGAGCAAGCGGACUGCUACGAUCCGACCUGUUCGAACCAUGGCGUCUGUAUCCACGGGGAAUGCCACUGCAGUCCGGGAUGGGGCGGUGCAAACUGUGAAAAUUCGAAAACCAUGUGCCCCGAUCAGUGCUCUGGCCAUGGGACCUACCUUCAGGAGAGUGGUUACUGCACUUGUGAUCCAAAUUGGACAGGCACAGACUGCUCAGUGGAAAUUUGUGCUGUGGAGUGCGGAACACACGGCGUUUGCCUGGCGGGUGCCUGCCGCUGUGAGGAAGGCUGGACCGGUGCAGCUUGUGACCAGAGAGCGUGUCACCCUCGCUGUUUGGAGCAUGGAACCUGCAAAGAUGGCAAGUGCGAAUGCAACCAGGGCUGGAACGGUGAACACUGCACCAUAGAGGGUUGUCCUGGUCUUUGCAAUAGUAAUGGAAGGUGUACCCUUGACCAAAAUGGCUGGCAUUGUGUUUGCCAGAUGGGGUGGAGAGGAGCCGGGUGCGACGUUGCCAUGGAGACUGCAUGCUCUGAUAGCAAGGACAACGAAGGAGAUGGUCUGAUUGACUGCAUGGAUCCAGACUGCUGUUUACACAGCUCCUGCCAGAACCAGCCCUAUUGCCGCGGAUCUCCUGACCCACUGGACAUUAUUGGUCAAAGCCAGCAGCCACCCUCCCAGCAAGCUGCCCGGUCCUUCCAUGAUCGUAUCAAGUUUCUGAUUGGACCAGACAGCAGUCAUGUCCUACCUGGGGAGAAUCCUUUCAACAAGAGCCUGAGCUCCGUUAUCAGAGGGCAAGUGCUGACUGCAGAUGGAACACCCCUCAUUGGAGUAAACGUGUCCUUUCUACAUUACCCACAAUAUGGCUACACCAUCACACGCCAGGAUGGAAUGUUUGACUUGGUGGCAAAUGGCGGGGCCUCCCUCACUCUGUGUUUCGAACGUGUCCCAUUCAUCACCCAGCACCACACCGUGUGGAUUCCCUGGAAUGUUUUUUAUGUAAUGGAUACCAUGGUCAUGAAGAAGGAAGAGAAUGAGAUUCCCAGCUGCGAUCUGAGCGGAUUCGUGAGGCCGAAUCCCAUCAUCUUGGCUUCGCCUCUGUCCACCUUUUUCCGGUCAUCUCCUUCGGAGAGCCCCAUUAUUCCUGAGACACAGGUGCUUCAUGAAGAGACAGAGAUUCCUGGCACUGACCUGAAGCUAACCUACCUGAGUUCACGUGCUCCUGGUUAUAAGCCGGUUCUUAAAAUCACAAUGACCCAGAGCACCGUACCGUUCAACUUGAUGAAGGUUCACCUGAUGGUGGCUGUGGUGGGCCGACUGUUCCAGAAAUGGUUCCCUGCGUCGCCAAACCUGUCCUACAGCUUCAUAUGGGACAAAACUGAUGCCUACAAUCAAAAGGUCUUUGGCUUGUCUGAGGCAGUCGUCUCCGUUGGUUAUGAGUACGAGUCCUGUCUGGAUCUCAUCCUCUGGGAGAAGAGAACGGCUGUUCUGCAAGGGUAUGAAUUGGAUUCUUCAAACAUGGGUGGCUGGUCACUGAACAAACACCACGUUUUAGAUGUUCAAAAUGGAAUCCUGUACAAAGGAAAUGGGGAAAAUCAGUUCAUCUCUCAACAGCCAGCUGUGAUCAACAGCAUCAUGGGCAAUGGACGUAGACGCAGCAUCUCGUGCCCAAGCUGCAAUGGCCAAUCAGAUGGCAACAAGCUCCUAGCUCCCGUGGCUUUGGCGUGUGGCAUUGAUGGCAGUUUGUAUGUCGGUGAUUUCAACUACAUCCGCCGUAUCUUUCCUUCAGGAAAUGUGACAAGCAUUCUAGAGCUGAGCAAUAACCCAGCACAUAGAUAUUUCCUGGCAACUGACCCAGUCACUGGAGAUCUAUAUAUCUCAGAUACCAACACACGGAGGAUCUAUCAUCCAAAAUCCCUGAUUGGUGCUAAAGAUCUGACGGCCAACUCUGAAGUGGUAGCAGGGACUGGAGAACAAUGUCUGCCAUUUGAUGAAGCUCGAUGUGGAGAUGGAGGCAAAGCUGUAGAAGCUUCACUGAUGAGUCCUAAAGGAAUUGCCAUCGACAAAAAUGGUUUGAUGUACUUUGUGGAUGGAACCAUGAUCAGAAAGGUGGAUCAGAAUGGAAUCAUUUCCACACUGCUAGGAUCCAAUGACCUCACAUCGGCUCGACCCUUGACCUGUGACACCACCAUGCAUAUAAGCCAGGUCCGCUUGGAGUGGCCAACAGAUCUCGCUAUCAACCCGAUGGAUAACUCCCUCUAUGUGCUGGACAACAACAUUGUGCUGCAGAUCACAGAGAAUCACCAGGUGCGCAUUGCAGCCGGUCGGCCCAUGCACUGCCAGGUACCAGGCGUCGAGUACACACUAGGGAAACAAGCAGUUCACACGGCGCUCGAAUCAGCCAGCGCCAUCUCGGUGUCCUACAGCGGUGUCCUCUACAUCGCAGAAACCGAUGAAAAGAAAAUAAACCGCGUGAGGCAGGUAACCACCGACGGAGAGAUCUCACUCCUCGCCGGCGCACCCUCGGACUGCGACUGCAAGAAUGAUGUCAACUGCGACUGUUACCAGACCGGCGAUGGCUAUGCCAAAGAUGCCAAGCUCAACUCCCCAUCCUCACUGGCUGUCUCUCCUGACGGCACACUGUACAUUGCUGACAUGGGCAACAUUCGGAUCCGAGCGGCCUCCAAGAACAAGCCAGUGUUGACGUCUGUGAAUUUGUACAAGGUGGCAUCACCUUCAGAGCAGGAGCUAUACAUCUUUGACGUCAAUGGCACACACCUGUAUACCAAGAGCCUGAUCACAAACGACUACCUCUACAACUUCAGCUACAGCAACGAAAAUGACAUCACAGCUGUGACAGACAACAAUGGAAACACCCUGCGGAUCCGAAGGGAUCCCAACCGCAUGCCAGUGCGAAUUGUGUCUCCAGACAACCAAGUGAUCUGGCUGACUAUUGGCACCAAUGGAGGAUUGAAGGGCAUGACAGCCCAGGGUCAAGAGCUGGUUUUACUCACCUACCACAGCUACAGUGGCCUCUUGGCAACAAAAAGCGACAAGACUGGCUGGACAACUUUCUUUGACUAUGACAGUGAAGGCCGACUGACGAAUGUCACAUUUCCCACUGGUGUGGUCUCGAAUCUCCAUGGGGAGAUGGAGAAGGCGAUAACUGUGAAUAUUGAAACGUCCAACAGGGAGGAUGAUGUCACCAUCACCACCAACCUUUCUUCAGUGGAUGCCUUCUACACCCUUGUCCAAGAUCAGUUGAGAAACAGCUACCAGGUUGGUUAUGAUAGCUCCCUCCGGGUAAUGUAUGCCAAUGGCAUGGAUACUAACUUCCAGACAGAGCCCCAUAUCUUGGCUGGCACAGUGAAUCCAAUCAUAGCCAGGCGCAACAUCACGCUCCCUGUGGAAAACAGUCUGAACCUGGUGGAGUGGCGGUUCAGAAAGGAACAAACCAGAGGAAAGAUCAGUAUCUUUGGGCGCAAACUGAGGGUGAACGGCAGGAACCUCCUCUCCAUUGACUUUGAUCGAACAACUCGGACAGAGAGGAUCUAUGAUGAUCACCGUAAAUUUCAGCUGAGGAUCCUCUACGAUCAGUCAGGCCACCCCACUCUCUGGCUACCCAGCAGCCGGCUAACAGCUGUCAACAUCACUUAUUCCUCUACCGGCCAAAUCUCUGGUAUUCAGCGGGGCCCGCUGGGGGAAAGAAUUGAGUACGAUACCCAGGGGAGAAUUGUGUCCCGUGUACUGAAUGACGGAAAAACCUGGAGUUACACGUACCUCGACAAGUCCAUGGUGCUACUUCUCCACAGCCAGCGGCAGUACAUUUUUGAGUAUGACUUACUGGAUCGUCUGUCUGCAGUCACGAUGCCCAGUGUUGCCCGUCACACCAUGCAGACCAUUCGCUCCAUUGGCUAUUACCGUAACAUUUAUAACCCUCCGGAAAGCAACGCCUCCAUGAUUGUGGACUACAGUGAGGAAGGACUGCUCUUGCAGACAGCUUACCUGGGAACAGGCCGGCGCGUGCUCUACAAGUACAGGCGGAUGUCUAAGCUGUCCGAGCUCCUGUAUGACAGCACGCGCGUCAGCUUCACCUAUGAUGAGACCGCCGGGGUGCUCAAGACGGUGAACCUGCAGAGCGAGGGCUUUAUCUGCACCAUCAGAUACCGGCAAAUUGGCCCUCUGAUCGACAGGCAGAUCUUCCGUUUCAGCGAAGACGGAAUGGUGAACGCUCGCUUUGAUUACAGCUAUGACAACAACUUCCGGGUGACCAGUAUGCAAGCUGUGAUCAACGAGACCCCUUUGCCGAUUGAUCUGUAUCAAUUCGAUGACAUAUCAGGCAAAUUUGAGCAGUUUGGGAAAUUUGGCGUGAUCUACUAUGACAUCAACCAGAUCAUUUCAACAGCCGUGAUGACCUACACCAAACAUUUCGAUGCACACGGGCGAAUCAAGGAGAUCCAGUACGAAAUAUUCCGGUCGCUGAUGUACUGGAUCACCAUUCAGUACGACAACAUGGGGCGAGUUACAAAGCGAGAGAUGAAGAUUGGCCCCUUUGCCAACACCACCAAAUAUGGCUAUGAGUAUGAUGUUGACGGGCAGCUACAAACCGUCUACUUGAAUGACAAAAUCAUGUGGCGAUACAACUACGAUUUGAACGGCAACUUGCAUUUGCUAAACCCAGGUAGCAGUGCCCGCCUGACCCCUCUCCGCUACGACCUACGAGACCGAAUCACUCGCUUAGGUGAUGUCCAGUACAGGCUGGACGAAGAUGGCUUCCUGCAUCAGCGCGGGGGUGACAUUUUUGAAUACAAUUCCAAGGGGCUUUUGACUAGAGUUUACAGCAAGGCUGGUGGCUGGAACAUACAGUACCGUUAUGAUGGCCUAGGACGUCGUGUCUCUAGCAAGACCAGCAUCGGUCAGCACCUUCAGUUCUUCUACGCUGAUCUGAACUACCCAAACCGAAUAACUCACGUCUAUAAUCACUCCAGCUCUGAGAUCACUUCCCUCUAUUAUGACCUUCAGGGCCACGUCUUUGCCAUGGAGAUUAGCAGUGGGGAGGAGUUCUACAUUGCUUCGGACAAUACUGGCACGCCACUAGCCGUGUUCAGCAGCAAUGGUCUGAUGAUUAAGCAAAUUCAAUAUACCGCCUACGGCGAAAUAUACCUGGAUUCCAACCCUGACUUUCAGCUCGUGAUAGGGUUCCAUGGCGGCCUCUAUGAUCCUUUAACUAAGCUGAUUCAUUUUGGUGAGAAGGACUAUGAUAUCCUGGCUGGCCGAUGGACAACGCCUGACAUCACCGUUUGGAUGAAAGUUGCCAGUGACCCGGCCCCAUUCAACCUGUACAUGUUCAGAAACAACAACCCUGUGGGCAAAGUUGAGAAUAUCAAGGAUUACAUUACAGAUGUCAACAGUUGGCUACUGAUGUUUGGGUUCCAACUCCACAAUGUUAUUCCUGGUUUUCCUGUGCCCAGGCAGGGGCUGGAAGAACCUUCAUAUGAGCUUUUAAAGAGUCAAGAAUGGGAUGAUGUACCGUUUUUGUCUGGAGUGCAACAAACCGUAGCAAGACAAGCAAAGGCUUUUAUGGGCCUGGGGAAAAUGCCAGAAAUUCAGACUGGCAAACACCAGGCCAGCGGAGCAAAGCCAUGGCUCUGGUUUGGAACGGUCAAGUCUCUGGUCGGCAAGGGAGUCAUGCUUGCAGUCAGCCAAGGAAAAGUGACGACCAACGUGCUCAACAUCGCAAACGAAGACUGCAUAAAAGUUGCGGCAGUGCUAAAUGGAGCGUACUACUUGGACAACUUACAUUACACAAUUGAGGGCAAAGACACUCACUACUUCAUCAAAGCUGCCUCACCCGAAAGUGACCUCGGAACUCUGAGGCUGACCAGCGGGCGCAAGGCGUUAGAGAACGGCAUCAACGUCACUGUUUCCCAGUCCACCACUGUGGUGAAUGGCAGGACUCGAAGGUUUGCCGAUGUCGAAAUGCAGUACAGUGCUUUGUCUCUCCAUGUUCGCUACGGGACGACUCUGGACGAGGAGAAGGCUCGCAUACUGGAACAGGCCAGGCAGAGAGCGCUGGUGAGUGCUUGGACCAGAGAGCAGCAAAGAGUGAGAGACGGCGAGGAAGGGAUCAGGUUAUGGACAGAAGGAGAAAAGCGACAGCUUCUGAGCGCUGCCAAAGUGCAAGGAUAUGAUGGGUACUAUGUACUCUCUGUGGAGCAAUACCCAGAGCUAGCAGACAGUGCGAACAAUAUUCAGUUCUUAAGACAGAACGAAAUAGGAAAGAGGUAACACACAGGCUAGUUGGUGGCUGCCAAAGAAAUAAACUUAGCACUGUCUUCUCUUUCUGGGGGAACAGAAUAUUAGUUUUGCUGCCCUUAGUUACCACAUGGUAAACUGAGGAAACUGAAAUAUAACUGAAGCUUGAGCUAGACCUCUGUUCAAAUCUAUCUGUAGCACAAGUUCUUUCCUAGAGCUGUUGGAAUUGGUGGAACUCUUUUUCUGCUCAGCUGGAGCCUACAAAGGUGAAGAAGGGUGGUUACUGCAAAAAGAAACUUCAAAUCAUCCUUGAUAAAUCAGAUUGUCAACUGCUUCAAAAAAUAAUUGUUUACAGUUGAAUGCCACUACACCCAGACCCAAGGUUGGACUAACAUGUAAAAAAAAGCUUAACUGUUUUGUACUUGGCCAAAUCUGUUGACUGUUUUCUGUUGUUUAAGAAACACUGUAUUAAGCAUUAGAAUCAGUGUCCAGAUACAGAAACUAACUGUGUAUUAUGACAUGAGUAACCUUUGCUUACCAGAAGUAGUCUUAAUCUUUCCCCACAGUAAGCAAUGUAACACAUUGGACCCGUGGCACAGAACACAAACAAUGCAGUUUUAUCACCGUACUGUGGAGCGGAGGGUUUCCCCCUGCUUUCAGCUGUGCUGCUUUAUACAAUGACAUUUUGUGCAAAGUUGUAUUGACUGUGGCACCAACAGAAAAUGACUCUUCUCAAUUUUGCAAUGCCAUGGGAUUUGCCUUGGGAAGUUACACGACAUACAAGAUCACCCUCACAGCAAAGCGAAGGAAAACUUUUUUUCUUUUUUGUAAAGUGUGUGAGACCAGUACCUUAUGGAGUUUUUAUAUGAAUUCCAAUUUACUGUUCAUCAGAUACUAGUCUCAAAAGAUGUUAAUUUAUGUAAAGUGUUUCAAAGAAGUUUAUACUUGAAAAUAAAAUCUUUAAAAUACA